GUUGCUAAGGAUUGCUUGGCCUAACUAAGACAAUCCACCUUCUGGCACCUCGAAACGAGUCGUGGCGCCAUUCCUUCUUAUGAGUGCCCGGCAAUACGGCAGUUUUUCUCUUGUCGGGCCUCUUCUCAACGGAGCUGAAUGGAGAUGAUGAUGUUGCGAGAGUCAUUUGAAUACCCUCGUGCUCUCUUUUGUGGCAAGCAUUCAAGCAUUCGUAUAAGUGGCAUCUGGAUGUCAUUGAAGCUCUGCGAUUGUUAGCCGGCAGCACGCACAACACAUCACCCACUCUCCUUCGUUUCCAUCGACUCACUCCGCUUAGCUGGUCUAGAAGCGGUUUAAUUUCGUUAAUAUGCAGUUCUUAGCGUUGUUUGGCCUCGUGGCCGCUAUUGGUCUGGCGUCUGUCGCUUACUCGGUUGUGUACAACCUUUAUUUCCAUCCCUUGAACAAGUUCCCCGGGCCAUUGGUAUUUCGCGCGACCAGACUUGGCUUCGCGUACAAGCUCGUCACCGGUUCCAUCCCAUUUGAUGUGUUGAGACUCCAUGAGAAGUACGGCGAUGUCGUUCGCAUCUCGCCCGACCAACUUGCCUUUGCGCAUCCUCAAGCAUGGAAGGACAUCAUGGGCCAUCAAACCACCGAGAUGCCCAAGUACAAGAAUUACUACAGCCCCGUGGCUGGUACGCCUCAGCACAUUGUCAACGCUGAGCGUGAGGAGCACGCUGCUCUGCGUCGUGCCCUUUCGCAUGGCUUUAGCGAGCGCAGCAUUCGCGACCAGCAGACUAUCAUCAAGCCGUACAUUGACCUCCUCAUUGAGCGUCUGCAUCAGAAGUGUGACAAUGGAGUCACCACGCAGGACAUGGUUAUGUGGUAUAACUACACAAUGUUCGACGUGAUUGGCGACUUGUCCUUUGGCGAGUCCUUCGGAUGCCUCGAGUCGGGCGAGUACCACCCCUGGGUCCGAUCAUUCUUCAACCUGGCCCAGACAGGCACCUAUCUCUACGGCGCCAGCUGGUGGCCCACGCUGCAAAAGAUGAUCAUCAGGUCCAUCCCCAAGAAGUCAAUCCAGGAACAGAUUCAAAUGUACAUGAUGGCCGUUCAGAAGACGAAGAAGAGGAUGGACAUGGUCGAGACGCGCGCCGACUUUGCCCAGGCUCUGCUCGACAGGCGGGACAAGAUCGGUCUGAACAUGCAGAAACUCGAGGCCAACGCCAACACCCUCGUUGUCGCCGGCUCCGAGACCACGGCGACAGCCAUGUCUGGCAUGACCUUCUAUCUUUUGAAGAACCCAGAGGUCCACCAGAAGCUCAAGGACGAGAUCCGCGGUGCAUUCAACUCUGAUGAGGAGAUUGACUUUAAUGCCGUUAGCAACCUCCCUUAUCUGCAGGCUUGCAUCAACGAGACCUUGCGCGCAUAUCCUCCCACGCCCAGUGGCCUUCCUCGGACUGUCCCUGCUGGUGGUGCGACCAUCUGCGGACAGUUUGUCCCAGAGAAUACCGUCGUCGCCAUCUACCAAUGGGCCAUGCACAACCGCAGGGACAACUUUCAGCUGCCGAACGAGUUCCAUCCCGAACGCUUCCUCGACGACGAGCGCUUCAAGGACGACAACAAGGACGCCUUCCAAGCGUUCCAUGUCGGUCCUCGCGCCUGCAUUGGCAAGAACCUUGCCUAUCUCGAGAUGCGUGCUAUUAUGGCGCGCAUUAUCUACAAUUUCGACAUGGAGCUUUCACCCGAUUGCCAAGACUGGAUGUCACGGCAAAGAGUGUUUGACGUGUGGGAGAAAGACGAGCUCAAGGUGCACCUCACACCUGUUUCGAGGUAAUAGAUCGCCCCAAGCAAGCUGGUCUUGUGGCGCGCUCCUUAUCACAGCAUGUAUACCCCCCGAAUGAGCGUGUAGAUACGAAUGAUGAUUGCAAAAAAU